UUUUGUUUUUCUCCUGUGUUAAGGAAAUGAAUACCAAAUCCAGCCCUUCCACUCUCAUAAACUUGGAGAGCUCCUGUCAGCCCCCACGCCUCUGGCUCUGUGAAAUUCGCUGCUGCUAGCACUGGGGGAGAAGGAGUUAAGUUUGCAUUAAACAGCAACCCAGCUGCCUGCAAAGGCUCUGAUCCCACUCUUUAUGUUUGAUGGCUGAGGAAAAGCCAGCUCCAAAUUCACAUGGCACUUUCUAAACCAAGGACAACAUUCCAUGUGGCUGCCGCGGUUCAUCCUCCCAGAAGGAGCUGCCUUUGGGUUGGGCAGGCUUGGCUGGGCUCCGGGCUGGUGGUCAUUCCGGGGGUGCGGGGACAGCCCAGGCUGGCGGCUGGCAGCGCUGCCGGGCUAAGGGACAGCUGUGUCGCCUGUCCAUCCCUCGCAGGUGGAAUCUGUAGGAGAGGCUUGGCUGCUUCUCCCGUGGGAGUGAGCGCUCAGCCAGCGCUGGGCGGGACGGGAAGGGCGGCCACGGAGGAGUGGGCUCCAGAGCCGGGCUGGAGGCGGCUGAGACAGGCAUUUACCUUCUCCCCAACUCCUCCUGGGGCGGCUGGAGCGCUUCGCCCCGCGGCUGCUCCUGCCUCUGUCCUUCGGGGCUCUCUCGCAGCCCAGGAUCUCCCCUGGUUUUGGGUGCUGAAGCAAACCAAGCAACACGUUUUCCCAAAAUGAUGGAAAAUAAAGUGUUCCUGUCAUUCACGUUCUACAGCACAAUUCUGAUUUUGAAAAUGUAUGCCGUUGCCAUCAUUACGGGGCAAGUAAGACUCAGAAAGAAGGCAUUUGCAAACCCAGAGGACGCCCUGCGCAAUGGGGGGUUGCAGUUCUACCGCGAGGACCCUGACGUGGAGCGGUGCCGCAGGGCCCACCGCAAUGACAUGGAGAACAUCUUUCCCUUCCUCUUCCUCGGAGCCAUCUAUUCCCUGCUGGAUCCCAGCCCCACAGUGGCCAGGAUCCACUUCCUCAUCUUCUGCGUGGGACGGAUCAUCCACACCAUUGCCUACCUCCUGCAGCUGAGGGCCCCCACACGCUCCGUGGCCUACAGCGUGGCCCAGCUGCCCUGCUUCUCCAUGGCCCUGCAGAUCCUGCUGGCCACCACCCCGUACUGGUAACAGCCAGAGAGACUGACCACCCAAACCCCCUGAUCCUGACUCUGCUGGGCCCCUGCGAGUGGGGAGAGUGUGUGAGUGUGUGUGUGUGUGUGUGAGAUGUCACCAGGGAGGUCACCUGCGCCCUGAGGAUGUUCAGUGCAGCCUUGAUGAGAUUCCACUGCCAUCGGAAUUUGUCAGAGAAGUCACCAGAGAGAAGGGACAUGCAGGAAGGGGAUGUGAAAGCAGGUUUCCCUCUCUCCUGCUGAGGAUGACAGGUGGAAAGCACAUGGAUUACUACCCCUUGAGGAAGGGGUUAUUGAGGGGAAGGUUUUCUGUGUUUGGAACUGUGACUGUGACCUUUUCCUCCCGGUCAUGAAUAUCCCAUGAAUCAGGCAGGGAAAAUCAUGAGGGUCCCACAAAGUCUCUUAGUCAGCAGAUGUGGUUGGUAGCAGAGGUCAUAAAGCAGCCACCCUUCUCCUGCCCAGCCAUGUGCAUCUCUGGGAAUGUGAGUUCCUUAGCAUUUAGUCCCUUAGGUUCCCUCUCCACCAAGGAGGACAGGAGGUAGGUGCCUUCCAGGCAGCGUAACAAGGAACUCAAAAUCUCAGGGGGAUGUUGCAAAGCCAUUGAAGCUUUCAGUGGUCCCAGUGCCACCUUGUCCAUGCCACAGCACACAGCUCCCUGCCAGGAGCUCACUGCAGGCAGCCCUGGAGCUCCUGGCAACUCCCAGCCAGCAGCAGCUGUGGCUUUUCCAUCUCGGCCUCCCCACAGCAAGAUGCAGAGUGACAUGCCUGGAGAAACAAGCAGGAAUCCUUUACCCUGGACACGGGGCCUGAACACAUUUGCUGGACACGAAUUCUGGGACUUCUGGAAUGUCUGAAAUGCCAGCACAAAACAGGGGGUUUGCAGUCAGAGUUUUCUCCCAAAGGGCAGUCUAGUCCACAUGCCAUUAAUACCUGAAAAUGCCCCCAGGGCAUCAGAUUGAGUUUCUCCCCCUCUGUUUGUGGCCUUUCUCUUGCCUUGCUAUUUAGGAAAUGUGCUGUGAUCACCCUAGGGGUGUUUUCUUUCAGCUGUUUCCUGCUGUCCAUUGCUGCCAUGGCAUUCACAGGCUGCACCAGCUGGUCUUUACAGAAAGCUCUGGAAAUGAGCAGAGGGGCUUUGAAGGGAAUGUCACCCAAAGGUGUCGUGUUGGAGAGGAGGGGACCAGGGUACUGCAUGGUGACAAAGGCCAUGAGCUCAUCUGCCACACAGCUGUCCCCAGGUGCCAGGGGCUGCUCCCAGCAGCAGUGGAGCACCCCUCUGGAGGAGAAGGCAGGAGGAAACCUCUGCUCUUCAGGGCCUCCUCCCUCCUCUGAGGGCAGCACAGAAUUUCAAUAAUAUCACAGGGGCAAGCCAAAAUGAGUAGAAAAUAAAUUCCCUUUCCACCUGUCCUGUGCACUAAGGCUGUUCCCUUGACCCUGCUCUCCUCAGAGAUGCUCUUGCUGAGCCCUCACUGAGCACUGGGACACACCUGCUCAGACUGAUGUUCAGCAUUUGCUCAGAUUGAUGUUCAGCCUUUGCUCAGACUGAUGUUCAGCCUUUGCUCAGCUCAGGUAGAAGUUUCUGUACCAGUAACUCAACCCCAGCUCAGUUCUGAUAUCAGGCUCAGCUGUGUGUUGAAGUUUGGAGUGGAAUUCUUUGCUCUCCCACUGAGAGGAAGAUGGGCAGGAUUGCAGGUUCAGCAAUUCACUUUUGGCCACUUCUCCUUCCCACAGAUGUCUGGGUAACACAGACCCCUCUUAACAAGUCUUUUCUGCCUCACAUGGUGCACAAGGUCUUGAAGUCCUGUAUGUUUCUCUGCUGCUGCACAUGCAUUCUGGUGGCAGGAAGCAAAUAUUCCUAAUAAAAACAAAUCAUUGUGCUCUGAUACAUCCUUCCUUCAGCAGCAGCAGAUGCAGCUGGGCAGCAGCUGGGUCCAGCCCAGCAGGAUGGAUCCUCAGUGGGAUGUUAAACCUCUCUGUAGAGCCUGCAGUGUCCUGGGACUUCUAAAAAGACAUCCCUUUCCUCUGCACUCACCUGCCUUGCAGAGGAACACCUUUUCCAGGUGUGCAUUAUUUGUGCUGAUCCUUUAAAUCCAGCAGAGCUGGGAAUUAUAAGCAGCUCUGCUCACUUUUCCUUCCCUGAGCAGCAAGUUGUUACAAAUCUUGGUGUUUACCCAAAAAUCCUGGAGGGCUGGAGAAGUUCAGGUAAGAGGUGGUUGCUCUUCUUUCUGUUCUUAGUACUCAUAAAGGAGCUGCUUGUGUUUUCCAAGAUAAGCAGCCCACUUUUUUUUUGCACUAGGUUGCUGAGAAACAAAUGCUUCAUUGCUCUGGUUUUCCCCUAUUUUCUUAGGUUGUUGGUGGCUGGGAGGUGCUGUCCUGUCAGUGUUUGUGUUAGUUUCGUAAAAUGGCUCCACUUGGUUGUUUUCUUACCCUGUUUAUUUUCAAAUGAGAAAGGCAGCGGUUUUAUAAAAUGGACUCUCUCCAGUACGUGUUGCUGUGGUUGGAGAUGUGGCUGGGAUGGAGAUUUUGGCAUAGGAAGGAAGAAGGGAGGCUCCAGAACCCCCUUCCAACCCCCAGAUCUGCCAGCUGCUCCAGCCUCUUCUCAGCUGCCUGUCCAGUGCCUGAGGCUGAUGCCCUGCUCAGGGAAGCUGAGGUUACAUGCAAAGCCCUGCUCUCUCCUUUUUUAUUAAAAAAAAAAUAAACUCUGCUUACUGGCUGCAGGGAAAA